AUGCCCAUACCUACGUUCGACGGACGAUACGAAACAUGGCCCAAGUUCAAGGCCAUGUUUAAAGGCUUGUUUGAUAAUGCACCGGAUCCCCCAGCAGUGAAGCUCUAUCACCUGGACAAAGUGCUGGUGGGAUCAGCAGCUGGAUUGAUAGACGCCAAAACCAUUAAUGAAGGUAAUUACGCCCACGCUUGGGUGAUACUAGAGGAAAGGUACGAAAACAAGCGACACACGAUCGGCAAGCACAUUGAUGACCUUUUAUCCUUGAAAAAGAUGACUAAAGAGAGCCAUACCGAGUUGCGUAAUUUGGUGGACGAGUGCACAAGGCACGUCGAAAGCUUGAAAUUCCUCGAGCAGGAAUUCCUGGGUGUAUCGGAUCUGUUCCUGGUACAUCUGCUAACUGCAGCAUUGGACAAGGAUACGCGUAGAUGCUGGGAGUCAACCAUAAAGCAUGGUGAACUGCCCACCUACGAAGGAAUGGUGAAGUACCUCAAGGAGGAGUGCUUCGUCAUGGAACGGUGCGAGUCUACGAGCCACAAGCAAACUCAGGCCAAACCAGCACCAUCACCCAAGUCGUUUACCCAGAAGGUUAAUGCGGCCGUUACCUCUGGGAAUGAAACUAAGUGUGAUUUCUGUGGCAAGGGUCAUCCAAAUUUCGCUUGCCCAGAUCUCAAAGCAAUCACCGUUCAAGAAAGACUGGCCAAGGUUCGAGAGCGCAAUGUGUGCUUCAACUGCCUUCGGCGAGGGCAUCGUGGAAAGGAUUGUACAUCCGAAAAAACAUGCAACAAAUGCAAAAGGUGUCACCAUAGUCUUCUCCAUGCCGAGGAUGGAGUGAAGGCAAAUACGGAUAGCAAGAACACUACCAGCAGACCGGAAGAACAGAAGCCAGAAGAGCACGCAACUGAUCAAGCUCAGCUGACGAGUGCCACCUGUUCCAGUGAAGGAGUUUCAAUGCAGCAAGUUCUACUACUCACAGCAGUUGUAAAUGUUAUGGAUCAAAACAACAAGUCCCACUCAUACCGUGUUUUAUUGGAUUCCGGGUCCCAAGCGAAUUUGGUAGCACGAUCCACGGCCGAAAUGCUUGGAUUGACGCAAAGUCCGACGUCGGUUAUCGUUGCUGGAGUAAAUAACACCUGCAGCAUAGUUUCCAACAGUACCGUCGUCCAAAUCCGAUCCAAGUACUCCAAAUUUAGAGCAAACGUCCAGUGUUUGAUUGCGGACAGAGUUACGUCAGACCUUCCUACGUCCAUGGUAGAUGUUAAGAAUUGGGAGUUGCCUGUAGGAGUGCAGCUCGCUGAUCCUAAGUUUUAUGAGCCUGGGAGGAUUGACAUUCUGUUGGGUAACCAGUGGUUUUUGAGAUUGCUCCUACCGGGAGAGUAUUCAGAUGCUGAUGACCUACCGGCAUUACGUGUGUUGGAGUAA